AUGGCCGCUCCCGCCGACAAGACUACUCGCGACAUCAGCGGAAAGUACAUUAUGGACAAGUCCCUUUCCGAUGACAAUGACGAGAUCCUCCGUCUCCAGGGUGUCAGCUGGUGGACCCGCAAAGCCAUUUCUGUGGCCACACUCUAUCUCGACGUGAAGCACUUCACUGAGGACGGCGUCGAGCACAUCGAAAUCGUACAGACCUUGAGCGGCGUCAAGGGCACUACCGAGAACCGGAUACUGGACGGAGAAGAGCGGCCGCACGAGGAUCAUGUUUUCGGUGCGGUGCUCUCUACGAGUAGGCGGGUCACCCUCGAUGAGAUCGAGUACGACCACCUGAAGAAGGAUUGGUCCGACGACUCUUUCGCCGACGGCAAGAUCAUCUACACUCAGGCAAAGAGUGACACCUCAAAGAGCGGCAAGACUUGGACUGCCGAGCAGGUAUGGGGCUUCGAGCAAGUCAACGGUGAGAAACGCUACACUCGACAUGUCCAUUUCGUUGGUCCUGGGGGAGAGAUUAUCGAGAUCCGUUUGGUGUACCAAUACAGUACGUCAUGA